AUGCCCAUGGAGGGGGCGCAGAUGUUGCCACGGACACUCUCUCCGUUAGCUGGGUCAACACCAUCGUACACUGCAGGGAAAAUCAUUUUGGAUUUCACUUAUCGUCGUCUCGGUCUCAUCCGUGCCGUCACCAAAGGUGCACACUCGCUGUACCUAUAUGGCAACAUUGAUGGGAGUUGGGAGUUGCGACAAUCGAAGCCUAAUGAACUACAUGGUAUCAACCUAGUGAGAGGGAAUUUGAAACACAUCAAAUGGCUGGAACACAUUGCCAUGCAUGGUGACGCAUGGCUCAUCAACAUCUCCUUCUCCCUCAGCCAACAUAUGAAAGCUAAAGAACGGGAGGACUUGUUCAAUAUGAUUAAUAGCUUUCCAACAGUACACGAAACAUUCCUUGCCAGUGAAACCUAUCACCGCAUAUGCCAUCUAGAAGAAAAGGCAAAGCUAUGUGGGCCAGUUAUUGAAAAGAACUACGAGCCUGAGAGUGAGGAUGAAGCUCUAAGUGAUCCGGUCGUAUGUUCAGUUUGUGAUGGCCACUACCAUACAAGUGCAUUCUGGAUCUGUUGUGAUAUUUGCAACCAGUGGUACCAUGGAAAAUGUGUGAAGAUUACAGCCAAAAAGCAAACCGCAUAA